AUGGCUGCGCUGCUCGGCACCUACCCCUGGCCAGAGCGGCUGGAAGGGGACGCGGCCGAAGGGCUGCCCCCGAGGCCACCCCCGCGCUGUCCGCCGGGGGAGAAGAGCUCCGAGAGCCGCAUCCGCCGGCCCAUGAACGCUUUCAUGGUGUGGGCGAAGGACGAGAGGAAGCGCCUGGCCGUCCAGAACCCCGACCUGCACAACGCGGAGCUCAGCAAGAUGCUCGGCAAGUCCUGGAAGGCUCUGAGCCUCUCUCAGAAGCGUCCCUACGUGGAGGAGGCCGAGCGGCUGCGGGUGAAGCACAUGCAAGACUACCCCAACUACAAGUACCGGCCGCGGCGCAAGAAGCAGGUGAAGCGCCUCUGCAAGCGGGUGGAGCCCGGGUUUUUGCUGGGCAGCCUGGCACGGGACCAGAACGCCGUGCCAGAGAAGCGGACCUGCGGCCGGGCUGCGGGGGAGAAAGAGGGGCAGGGUGAGUACGCCCCUCACCCGGGGCUGCCAUCCGUCCGGGGCUACCGGGAGGCGCCAGGCGGCAGCAGCAGCAGCAGCAGCACGAGUGCGGACACCUACCCCUAUGGGCUGCCCACCCCUCCAGAGAUGUCUCCGCUGGACGCCAUAGACCCUGAGCAGAGCUUCUUCUCCUCGCAUUGCCCUGAUGAGCAUCACCGCUCCCACCUCGCUGGAGCCACCUACUCCCCCGAGUACGCAGGCAGCUCCCUCCAGUGCAGCCAGCACUCUCUCAGCCCUAUAUCACAGCCGGCCACCUGCAUGAUCCCCCCUGCUUCGAGCUGUGCUCCCCUUCCUCCUCCCCCUCCUCCCAGCUACUACACACCUGCCUUCCCCUCCCUGCACCCCUCUAAUCUCCAUGCCCACCUGGGCCAGCUUUCCCCACCACCUGACCAUCACAGCUUUGACACCUUGGACCAGCUGAGCCAAGCUGAGCUCCUGGGGGAGAUGGACCGCAAUGAGUUUGACCAGUAUCUCAAUAACCCCAGCCACGGUGACCACCAUGGUGGUGUCUUGGUCAAUGGACAUGUCCCAGUGUCUGGCAGUUCCCAUGCCUCUGAGACCAGCCUCAUCUCUGUCCUCGCCGAUGCCACAGCCACCUACUACAAUAACUACAGUGUCUCCUAGAACCCCAUCUGGGGCUGCCUGGACCAGCCAAGAAAGGACCAGACACAGUAUUAUGAGGCAUUGCUCCCUUGGGACAUCACUCACCACCCCUCAGGGUGAUCAAGCCCAAACCUUGAGGGCCAUGGAGUCUCCUUGGUGGCAUAGGUAAAGGAUUUCAGUUGUUGGCACACCACUGGUGCAAAGCCUCGGAUGCCCUGCUCUGAAUGGAGCUAAGGAGGGAUUUCCCAAUGCUAAAGCCCUCUGGUCAAGUUCCUCUUCCAAAGCAGAGGUGCUCCCGGUAGUUGCUUUCAUUUUGGGGCACCCCUAGCUCUGCUUUGCAGUCAAGAGAGUGGAAGCAUCCCACAAACAGCAGGUCUGAAGUCCUGAUGGGGAAAAAAAAACCUGGAAGGGGACAAGGUAGGGAUGGGGGAAAAGGGAAGCUUUUGGUAAAGGAAUGCAUGGUCUGUAAGCUUCUCUCACCUCCUAGCAUUGGUGUGGCUGCAGCUGCCCUGACCUGCCUAACCUCACCAGCAGGAGUUAAACCUGCCUUGUCCCUCUGCCCCCAUGGCACAAAUGAGGGACUUCAUCCCCAGAGGGAACCAGACCACAGAGAUGCUGCCAGGCUGGCCCCAGAGAUGCCAGUGGGGAUGUGAGGUGGGGGCUGUGAGGGAACAGCCAGGCCUGGCUCUGAAGGAGGGUAAGACCAAGAGCUUGGAAAGGCAGGAUCUGGCCAGCAUCUGCUCCCGCUGCCGUGGCUUCCUCUCAGCUUCCCUGCAGAAGCAAUCCCAGAGUGGAGGGGUGAGGGGCAAUGGGAGCUGCCCUCCCCACCAGGCUGGGAACAGGUCCUGAAAUGAGCAUUUUGCCCAAGAGGUGAUGAUGUAGCAGAGAAGGCUUUUUUGUGUCAAACGUCCUCUGAAGGCGAAGGCUUUGCGUUCCGCGCUGCAGCGCCCGACGCCUCUCCUAACUCCAGCCUCUUACCGCUUGUAAUAAAGCUGUAUGCUGAUUUAUUCCUCCCAUUAUCCCUCCCCUCAGAUCCUGUAUUGCUCAACUUCUCUUCCUUUUCAUAAAGAUGAAGCUUUCUUUUAAAUCAGUUAUAUGAUCUGAUUAAUCUUAGUCUUUAUAGAAUAGAAUCAUAGAGUCAUAGAAUCGGUCAGGGUUGGAAGGGACCACAAGGAGCAGGCAGUUCCAAUGGUCAGGGACACCCUACCCUAGAGCAGGCUGCCCACAGCCCCAUCCAGCCUGGCCUUAAACACCUCCGGGGAUGUAGCCUCAACCACCACCCUGGGCAACCCAUUCCAGCCUCUCACCACUCUCAUGCUCAACAACUUCCACCUCACCUCCACUCUCAAUCCCCCCACCUCCAGCUUUGCUCCAUGGCACUUGGCAAUGGUUAGUUUAGCAGCGUGGCUACAAUUUCCUGGGCUCAAUCCCCAACAUGUAUUGAUAAUAAUGAUGCCAAAUAAGACUUUACAACCAACCAACCAAACCAAACCAAAACCAACCCCAACAACUGCACAGAUUUUUAAGCUAAUACUUUUCCAUCUUUUGGGGGGCUUGUUUUGUUUUUUAAUGAGGUUUUGUUUCUCACUCGUUUUUAUGGUGUGACUACACAAUUUUGGAUGAGUGUAGAUAUGAAUUUGCAUAAAAUAUUUAAUUUAAAUGUUUUUUAGUUUGGUGGGGUUUUUUUUGUCGUUUGAUUUGAUUUGAUUUGUUUUUUUCAAUGUGAUUGUUUCAUGAUUUAAAAUUGCUGUAGCUGUGGACAACAUUUUUCAGGACAGAAAACAUUUCCCGGGCGAGUGCUAUUUUUUUUUAAGUAAGUAGUUGUUGUUGUGUUGUUGUUGUUGUUGUUGCUGUUUGUUGUUGUUGUUGUUGUUGGUAAUUUUUUUCAGCCAAAACUUUUCUACUCUCCAUUGUUUUUGUUUUGUUUUGAUUUGGUUUUGGGGAUUUUUUUUUUUAAUAAAUAAAUAAUGGGAAAUAA